ACCGCUCGGUGGGGUGGGGGGGUUUCGGCAGGAGUUGGUCGUUUCAGUGAUCCUCGAGCCGCCAGCUGUACGCUUGUGCUGUCCGACGGGUGGAGUUUGGCUGCAGUCCAAAAGACAAAGACAAAGUGAUGGGGGACGGAGCGCUGCUGUACCGGAGCCGGACUUAACGUGGCUGAAGGCCUUUGUGACUCUUGCCGAGCUCCCGGAUCUUCACCACACAAGAAAAACCACCUGCUGUACCCAGCUGUUUUUGUCCCAGUGUUUACAUUGUUUCCGCCAGCGGGAGGCAUUUCUCAAACCGCAGAAAACAUCUGCAACAAGGGACAGGCAGUUUGUUAGCACACCUGCCUUAAUCGUAACCCCCCUCCCCUCCUUUUCCCGGAACUCUUCUCAGCUCAGUUUCAGAAUCCAGUUCGAGGUGAAUCUACUGAAAUACUUAACACUGCCCAAGAGGGCAACAACAAGGUGGUCUCCUGUUUUUGUAAUGAUUCGCAUUUCAGUGCAAGGAGAAGCUCCAUCCCCUAGUUAUCUUGAUGAAGACCUUUUUCUGACAAAAAGGUAAAGGCCACUUGGGGCCGGGAGGUGAAGACCUGCACCUCUUCUCACAUCUGCUCAAUCCUGGGAUUUUACACUGUUUUUGAACUGAACUCAUCCAACUUUAAAGAUGGAACUCUUCUUCAAUCCUUUUGAUAACUUGGUGUGUAUCCUGCUGGGCAUCUCCUUCACCGUGUGGUUCACCCUGCUGCUGGUCUUCAUUAUUGUGCCUGCCAUCUUUGGGGUGUCCUUUGGUAUCCGGCGUCUUUACAUGAAAACACUCUUAAAGGUCUUUGAGUGGGCCACACUUAGGAUAGAGAGAGGAGCAAAAGAAAAGAAUCACCUCCUGUACAAACCCUAUUCAAAUGCUAUCAUUGCCAAGGAGCCAACCUCCUUGGAGGAGGAGAUCAAGGAGAUCCGGCGGAGCGGCAGCAAUAAAGACCUGGACUCAGCCACUGAGUUUGAGUUAUCUGACAUUUUCUAUUUUGCCCGGCGAGGAGUGGAAAGCAUCAUGGAUGAUGAAGUGACCAAGCGGUUUACUGCUGAGGAGCUGAAGUCCUGGAAUCUGCUGACCCGGAGCAACUACAACUUCCACUAUAUCAGCCUGAGGCUGACUGUCCUAUGGGGGCUGGGCCUGCUGAUCCGCUAUGGUUUCCUGCUGCCUCUCAGGGUCACUCUUGCCUUCACUGGUGUAGGUCUGCUUGUGUUCCUCACCUCUGUUGUUGGGCUGCUGCCAAAUGGAAGGAUGAAGAAUUUUCUGAGUGAGAAAGUCCAUUUGAUGUGCUACAGAAUAUGCGUCAGAGCUUUGACUGCCAUUAUAACCUACCAUGACAGUGAGAAUAAACCCAAAAAUGGAGGCAUCUGUGUCGCUAACCACACUUCACCAAUUGAUGUCAUCAUCCUGGCAAGCGAUGGCUGUUAUGCUAUGGUUGGACAAAUCCAUGGCGGCUUGAUGGGGGUCAUUCAGAGAUCCAUGGUCAAAGCUUGUCCACACAUUUGGUUUGAACGCUCAGAAGUAAAAGACAGACAUCUUGUGGCCAAAAGAUUGAGCGACCAUGUAGAAGAUAAAUCUAAACUGCCUAUCCUCAUUUUCCCAGAAGGUACCUGCAUUAACAACACAUCGGUUAUGAUGUUUAAGAAGGGCAGUUUUGAAAUUGGUGCCACAGUCUACCCUGUGGCUAUUAAGUAUGAUCCCCGCUUUGGAGAUGCUUUCUGGAAUAGCAGCAAGUUCGGGAUGGUCAACUACCUUUUGCGUAUGAUGAGCAGCUGGGCCAUCGUCUGCAGCGUGUGGUACCUUCCUCCCAUGUCUAGAGAGGAGGGAGAGGAUGCAGUACAGUUCGCAAAUCGUGUUAAAGCAGCCAUAGCCAGGCAAGGAGGACUUGUCGAUCUCUUAUGGGAUGGAGGACUGAAAAGGGCAAAGGUUAAAGAUACCUUUAAAGAAGAGCAGCAGAAGUUGUACAGUAAAAUGCUGGUUGGCACCCAGGAGGACCGCAGCCGCUCCUGAAGGACCUUUAUGGAGAUGGACUGGCUCAAAGCUGGGCACCUCUUACUGAUUAGGCGAUCAGCAGCGGUCCUUUUCUGUCGGAGCCCCUGGACUGGAAAAUUCUGUCCCUGAUGUCAAAAGUACUCCAUUUGGCUUCCUCGGUCACUGCCUCAGCCUGGCAUGUUAAGUUGGCUUCGCUGUUACAGGUCAUUCUGAGUCUGCUGCCCUGUGUUGGAAUAGCUUGACCGAAGCCUCGCUUGCAUUAGAAACGGAGCAAAGGAGAGUCUUCCUUGGUGGCAGUCUUUUAAGGAAAAGUGUUUAUUUUUGUUUGUUUUUUUCUUUUUCACUUAAUCGUUUUAUAUUUUGUUUUUAAGAUUUUACAGUCAUGUUUUUAUGUUAUGUUUCCGUUUCAGACUUGAUUAUACCUGGGUGUAUAAAGGAGUUAUUGUAGAUAAAAACUAAAUUGUUCUAAAGCUGAAACCUGUGACUGACUUGGGGUUUUUCAUGACCGGCUUGUACCCUUGAUUCAGGGCACAGUGCCAGAUUUUGUUACAUUUCAGAUAUUUUUAUGGGCUUUUUUCCAAGAUGAAAAAAAAAACUUGUAUUUUAAACAUUGAGUUUUACAUUAAGACUUGUAUCAACACAUGGCCACUGUAGGAGCUGCGCUUGAGACGUGUUCCUGAUAUGCUGUCUGUGACUUCUUUUCUUUUUUUUCUCCUCUCUCCACUGAAUGUGCAAGUGCUCACAUUAUGAAGUGGAAAAUGUGCACCCACAGUUACUCUGAUGGAAGUCUGUAGAUUUAGACACCUAUUCUUCUUCCAGCUAAUAAUGUAUAACUGGAAAAAGGGAUUAUUAGGAAUUUUGUCAGCAUUGUUCCUGUAAGGCUUGUGUCACGCAGGUAGCGAUGUAAAAUCAUAACAGUGGGUCUCUUCACUAAACACAUAGAUAUAAUGGCAAAUAACCAAAACAUACUCAUACACCUUUUAAAAAUACAUCUUUUCAUUGACUUCCUGCCAUUGCAGUGAACAGUGGCUAGUUUAUUUUAAGUAAACUCUAAAAGCUAUUGUGUUUAUCUGCCCCGCCUCACCAAUGACCUUUUUCCUAACUUAGCAGCCUCAAGGAGGUUUCAUGAACAGACUGCAGCUUUACUUUGAACUCAAGAAACUUGGUGGACGGCCUCAUUGGUUUCUCCCUGGGACCUUUGUCUCACUGGUCUGCUGUUAUCAGGGAUAGUUGUUUUAGAUUAUGUCAAAUCAUUUCAUAAAAAUAAAUGUUCAAGAAUGUUCACUA